AAUCAAUCAAUCAAUCAAUCAAUCAACCGAUCAAUUGAUUAAUCAGUCAAUCAACCACCCACCCACCCACCAACCAACCAAUCAACCAAUCAAUCAGUCAAUCAAUCUAUUCACCCCCAUCUCUACUGUCCUCUCUCCUCCAGGUACAUACCAGGGCCAGUGGAUGGGCGGGAUGCGGCACGGUUAUGGCGUGCGCCAGAGUGUUCCCUACGGCAUGGCAACAGUGAUCCGCUCUCCACUCCGCACCUCUCUAGCGUCCCUACGCUCCGAGCAGAGCAAUGGCACCGUGCUCCAGGACCUCUCGGGUGACACGCCCACCGGCGGCCGGGGCGGGUUCGUCCUCAACUUCCACUCGGACGGCGAAGUGGUCACCGGGAAGAAGAAGGGUCUGUUCCGCCGCGGCUCGCUGUUCGGGAGCCUCCGUCGGCUACACAAGUCCGAAUCGAAGUCGUCCAUCUCCAGCAAGAGGAGUUCGGCACGCAGCGACGCCGCUAUGAGCCACAUCAGCUCCUCCGACGCGGACGCCAACUCCACCGUCUCCCUGGGCGACGGAGAGCUGCCGGAAGAGGACUUGGUAUUGGAGGAUCACGUUGACGCCACCACCAUCGAGACGUACAUGGGAGAGUGGAAGAACGACAAGCGCAACGGGUUCGGCGUCAGCGAACGUUCCAACGGGAUGAAGUACGAGGGGGAGUGGCUGAACAACAAGCGCCACGGCUACGGGUGCACCACCUUUCCCGAGGGGAACAAGGAAGAAGGGAAGUACAAGAAUAACUUGCUGGUUCGUGGAAUAAGGAAGCAGCUGAUCCCGCUAAAGAACCCCAAAACCAAAGAGAAGGUGGACCGGGCCGUGGAGGGGGCGCGGAGGGCAGGGGCCACCUCCAGGACGAAAGUGGAAAUAGCAGCUUCCAGUGGGAUCCCGGGUGGCACAGUCCCUGGUUCGAAUCCAGGUUGCAUCACAUCCGUUCUCGAUUGGGAGUUCCUUAGUGUGGCACACAAUUGGCCCAGCGUCGUCCUGGUUACGGUUUUGGCCGGGGUAGGCCGUCAUUAUAAAUAAGAAUUUCGCCUUAACUGACUUGCCGAGUUAAAGAAAGGUCACAUUUAUUUUUGGAAGGAUUUUUUAUUACAAAACAACUCUCUAGAGAAUUGCUAAACCCUGCUGCCAUUUGUAGGAAACACUCUGUUGACUGCUGAGACAGAGUAAACAAGAUACGAAGGAGUUCGUGAGAAAGAGUAAACAAGAUACGAAGAAGGGGUGCUUGGGAAAGAGUAAACAAGAUACGAAGAUGGGGUGCGUGAGAAAGAGUAAACAAGAUACGAAGAAGGGGUGCCUGGGAAAGAGUAAACAAGAUACGAAGAAGGGGUGCUUGGGAAAGAGUAAACAAGAUACGAAGAAGGGGUGCGUGAGAAAGAGUAAACAAGAUACG